CCCCAUUUUAAGGAGCCACCCUUGUUCAUCCUUUGUACCACAAAACAAUGGGAGCGGUGGAAAGCCAGAGCGACCAGCUGCAACCAAAGACCGGGACGUCUUUUCUUCGGACUUGUUUCAAUGGAGUUAAUGCCUUGUCAGGAGUUGGGAUAUUGUCGAUUCCAUAUGCACUUGCUGAAGGGGGGUGGUUGAGCCUUGUACUUCUUUUGUUGAUGGCAAUCAUUUGCUUCUACACUGGGCUGCUUCUACAUAGAUGUAUGCAAGCACACCCACGUAUCAGAACCUAUCCCGAAAUAGGCGAACUUGCUUUUGGCUAUAAAGGCAGAACCCUGGUAGCCCUCUUCAUGUAUAUGGAAUUGUAUCUGGUUGCCAUUGAAUUUUUAAUAUUGGAAGGUGACAACUUAGAGAAGUUGUUUCCCAAUACAAGUUUUAAAGUUGGAGGAUUGAGAAUUGGAGGAAAACAAGCUUUUGUUGUGGUCGCAGCCCUUAUAAUCUUGCCAACGACGUGGUUAAGGAGUUUGGGUGUCCUUGCCUAUGUUUCUGCUGGUGGGGUCUUGGCUUCUAUUAUUGUGGUGUGUUCUGUUUUUUGGGCUGGUGCGAUUGAUGGCGUUGGGUUCAAUGAAAGAGGAAAACUGUUUAAUUGGAUUGGAAUGCCUACUUCUAUCAGCUUGUAUGCCUUCUGUUACUGUGGUCAUGCGGUAUUUCCCACUUUAUGUUCUUCAAUGAAAGACAGGAACCAAUUUCCUAAGGUGUUGAUAGUCUGCUUUAUUAUUUGCACCUUCAAUUAUGGAUCAAUGGCUGUUUUGGGGUACCUGAUGUAUGGACAAGGUGUGAAAUCCCAAGUGACCUUAAAUCUACCAAUUGGAAAAGUAAGCUCCCAUAUAGCAAUCUAUACUACAUUAAUCAAUCCUUUAACUAAGUACGCGAUUAUGGUUAUUCCCAUUGCAAUGGCAAUUGAAGACUGGUAUCCCUUCCGCAAAAGCAGACCCAUCAGCGUCCUUAUCAGAACGUCCAUACUUAUCACUAAUGUCGUUGUGGCAUUGACUAUUCCAUUUUUCGGAUACCUAAUGGCAUUUAUAGGUGCAUUUCUUAGCGUCACGGCUUCUCUUUUGUUGCCAUGUGUUUGCUAUCUCAAGAUUUCAAAGUCUUCCCGAAGUUUUGGAUUAGAGUUGAUUAUCAUUGUGGGGAUUUUAGCAUUGGGUUCCCUGGUUGCAGUCCUGGGGACUUUCAUUUCUCUCAGGGAAAUCAUAAAACAUAUGUGAACUUGACAUCCGAUAGAUCAAGCAUAUAUGUAUUUGGGUUUUUUUUUUUCUUUUUUUUUAAAUCUAUAAAAUACUAAACUUAUUUAUCGGUAUCUA